AUUGAUGUGAAGUGAAGUCCAUAUUAGUCGGCAAUUCAGGCGUGUAUUCAAUGAGUGUUUGUUUCACACAAUAAGCCAUUCAGUCAUUCAAUUGUCUUUCAAUUGCUACUAAUUAUCAUUUGAUAUACACUUUCAUUGCAUUCAACGUAUAGCCAACACAUCCCACAGUGACAAUGGGCACCAGAAUGAUGAAUGCGCCGAUAAUACUGCUGAAGGAGGGCAGUGAAAGUGCUCAGGGUAAGAGUCAGGUCAUCUCCAACAUCACCGCCUGCCAGAGUGUCGCCGAAGCCGUGCGCACGACGUUAGGGCCCAGAGGUAUGGAUAAGUUGAUCGUCGACGCCAAGGGGUCGGUCACCAUCAGCAACGACGGCGCCACUAUCCUCAAGAGGCUGGACAUCGUUCACCCGUCCGCUAAGACUCUCGUAGACAUCGCUAAGUCACAGGACGAGGAGGUAGGCGAUGGCACCACAAGUGUGGUCCUAUUGGCCGCCGAGCUAUUGAAACAAAGCAAAGCCUUUGUCGAGGAGGGACUCCAUCCGCAGACGAUCAUAAAGAGCUACCGAAAGGGUCGGCAGUUAUGCAUCGAUAAGAUCAACGAAAUUGCGGUGAAGUUCUCGAAGGACGACCUGAAGGGGAAGCGAUCGCUUCUGGAGAAGUGUGCCCUCACUUCCCUCUCCUCUAAACUCGUGUCCCAUCAGAAGGAGUACUUCGCGCAGAUGGUUGUGCUGCGUCACGAUCGGCCGCCUCGAGAGCUCCUCAGCGCAGAGCACAGGCCGCAACGGAAGUUCUUCUGGAAGAGAAACGCCGGCUUUGAGAUGCAGCCCAAGAGCUACACGAAGCCGAAGAUCGCGUUAUUGAACGUAGAGUUGGAGCUGAAGGCGGAGAAAGACAACGCAGAGGUCCGGGUGGACAACGUGGAGGAGUACCAGAAGGUGGUGGACGCCGAGUGGGAUAUACUGUACGAGAAGUUGGCAAAGAUUCACGAGAGCGGCGCCAAAGUGGUGCUCUCGAAGCUGCCCAUCGGAGAUGUGGCCACUCAGUACUUCGCCGACAGAGACCUAUUCUGUGCGGGUCGGGUGCCUGAGGACGACCUCAAGCGCACGAUGAGGUCGUGCGGCGGAUCUAUUCUCACCACUUGUUACGACUUGAAUGACAGCAACUUAGGCACGUGUGAGGACUUCGAGGAGUUGCAGAUCGGAGGCGAGAGGUUCAAUGUAUUCAAAGGGUGUCCCAACUCGAAGACAGUGACGAUAAUCCUGAGAGGAGGCGCCGAGCAGUUCAUGGAGGAGACGGAGCGCUCCCUACACGACGCCAUUAUGAUCGUUCGGCGGGCCCUCAAGAAUGACUCGAUAGUGGCGGGCGGGGGCGCCAUAGAGAUGGAGAUCUCGAAAUACCUGCGCGAGUAUUCGCGUACAAUACCGGGCAAAGAGCAGCUGUUGAUGAGCGCAAUGGCCAAAGCGUUUGAAGUGAUUCCGCGCCAACUCUGCGAAAACGCCGGCUUCGAUGCGACCAAUAUUUUGAAUAAAUUGCGACAAAAGCACUCAUUAAACGACGGCCUCUGGUUUGGUGUGGAUAUCAAUAACGAAGACAUCGCUAAUAACUUUGACGCCUGUGUGUGGGAACCGGCGGUCGUCAAGACUAAUGCCAUCACUGCGGCCACAGAAGCCGCUUGUCUUAUAUUAUCAGUCGAUGAGACCAUAAAGGGUCCCAAAUCGCAGAUGGAACAGACGGCUGCCGCACAUGCAAUGGGAAUGUAAUCUAAUUAUAACUUAUAUAACAACUGUUUGACCACUUUUGCAAAAUCUGCGCUAAUUAUGAUUUUUUACCCCAAAAUCAUUUGAAUCGAUAC